AUGGAGGAGCUGUACAAGGACGCCCCAAACCUGCCCAUGGACGUCACCAGCUCGCCCUCGGCGAUGGCCAACAACAAGCUGGAGAAUGGGGUGGCCCAGCUGAUCACGGCAGAGGCCUGGAACAUCAACUCAGCCGACCUGAUGAAGAAGGCCCUGUCCCCACUGGUGACCGUCCCUGCGCCCUCCAUCCUGACACCGCCGGCCGAGUCACAGAGCGGGGUAGCCCUGAAGGUGGCGGCCACCGUGCUGCAGCCCAUCUGCCUGGGGGACAGCCCCGUUGUCCUGCCCAUCCACCUGCAGGUCGCCGGCAGCGCCGCCCCGCAGAUGCCGGCCACCAAUGCUGCCACCCCCUAUGUCAUGACCACCCAGGGCCCUGUCCCGCUGCCCGUCCUCCUGGAGCAGCACGUCUUCCAGCACCUGAACUCGCCCUUGGUGCUGCCCCCGGGGGCCGCCUGCCCCGCCAGCCCCCUGCACGCCGGCCUCUUUAAGUGGUUGGUGGAGCAAGCGGGCAGGGCGGGCUGCGAGCCCAAGGCCGGCAACAACAUCGAGAUCGUCAGCACCUCGCAGACAGCCAAAGUCAUCGUCUCCGUCAAGGACGCCGUGCCCACCAUCUUCUGCGGCAAGAUCAAGGGCCUGUCAGGGGUCUCCACCAAAAACUUUUCCUUCAAAAGGGACCUGCCCCAGGACUCGGUGCUGCAGUGCUACGACGUGAAGAGCCCGCCCGAGCCCCGGGACAGCGCCGAGGCCCUCAGGAAACCCGUCAAAAACAGGAGCGUAAAGCUAAAGAAAAUGAACUCGCUGGAGAUACAUAUUCUUCCAAUCAAGAAGCAACGGCUCGCUGCCUUUUUUCCAAGAAAGUAA